AUGCAACGUCAAUUUUCAAAUCCUUCUCGUCCUUCUGCGGCUCAGAUUCUCCUCUCACUGUCUGCUGUCUUGCUUCCGGUCGUUUCAGGAACCCCAUUGACGAAGCAUACAAAAUGCGACAGGUCCCAAUAUCCUGGUCCCAGUAACCCGAGCUUCGAAACGGGGACCCUGGAUGGCUGGGAGGUUCUGAGUGGUACUGCCUUUGGAAAUAACUCAGUCAGCUCAGCAACUUCAUAUUGGGAUGGUCCCUUUAACCAGGUUGGAAAGUCUUUCCUCUGGGGUUUCGCCCAAGCCGGUGAUCCUGCUGUCGGACAACUCCGAUCAAGCUCUUUCAAAGCAAGCUCUUUUCUGAGCUUUCUUCUUGGUGGAGGCUAUGAUCCGGUCAACCUCUAUGUCGGCUUGGUUCGAGACCGUGAUGGAGCAUUAUUGUUGAACCAAACUGGUACGAAUGACGAAGCUCUGGUCCGUAUCACCUGGGAUACCAGCGAGUGGGCAGGGCAGAGGGUCCAUAUGCUGGUCUAUGACAAUAGCACGGCUUCAUCCUGGGGUCAUAUCAACCUCGACGACGUCCGGACGGGCUGUGACGCCCUUACUGACAGCAAUGGGCUCACCUUCCAUGUGCUUGGGCAGGCUAACCAGCCAGUUGCCAACGGCCAGCCUGAGUGUAGCCUCUAUGCCGCGGACUCUUUCCGCCCUCAAUUCCACUAUACGCCUUAUCAAGGGUGGAUCAAUGACCCGGCUGGCUUGAUCCAGUGGAAUGGCCAACAUCACCUCUUCAGCCAGUUCAACCCUGCGGCUCCGUUAUGGGGGCCGAUGCAUUGGUCCCAUGCCUACAGUGACGAUGCGGUGCAUUGGAAAGGACUGCCUGUGGCUCUAUAUCCGCCUAAUCCAAACAGCUCGGCAGAUAGCAGCGGUCGCUUUACAGGCAGUGCUGUCCGUGAUGACGGUGAUCAAGGGUCCCUGCGACUUAUCUUCACCGACUUUACGGACACUUCUCUGCACCCGGGUGCGAUUCCAGAGGUCGUCUCGACAGCAGCCAGCGCCGACGGAAUUCGGUUUCCUCUCAGUUCGAAGAACCCGAUUAUUGCACGCCCUCCUGCGGGCUCUUCGAGUGGCUUUCGCGAUCCAAAGGUCUUUUGGGACACCACGGACCAGAGUUGGAAACUCGUCGUUGGUUCAGGUGACUCUGUGAGUGGAAAGGUCCAGCUGUACCGUUCCUCCGAUCUCCUCUCGUGGACAUAUGUCGGUGUUCUGAUCGAGGGCGACGGCACAACGGGUACCAUGUGGGAAUGCCCGAACUUCUUUCCCAUUGGUGAUCGAUGGGCUCUGUUCUAUGGCGGGAACGGUCUCGGCUGGUACGCUAUCGGCACCUAUAACGGGACUUCCUUCACCAGUGAAAAGACAGGACUUCUUGACGCCGGCCCAGAUAGCUACGCAGCCCAGUGGUAUCUUGAUGAGUCUGGCCGGAACCUAGCCAUCACCUGGAUGGGCAACUGGCCAACAUCCAAGUGGCCUAGUCGUGUCAAUGGCUGGGCUGGUCAACAGUCUAUUACCCGGGAACUUUUUCUCCGGUCUGAUGGUGGUCUGGGACAGAGACCCAUUCGGGAACUGGAUACGCUUAGCGAAAAUGGCAAAGCUGUUACAUUCAAGAACAAGAGGGUCGGGAGUACAUGGACCGUGGGAAGCUUGAAGACUGUCCGACUCCAAUUGGACGUUGAUCUGGCGACGACGACCGCCUCAUCUUUCAGCAUUACGGCAUUCUCCUCGUCUGCAGAGGAAGUUACCAUCACAUACUCGGUAGCAGAGAGAACAUUGACGCUUGACACUACAAACGCCGGCUACGGUCAGAGUGGAACCUGGCAAGCCACUCUUGCCGUUCCCGAUGACAACCAACUCUCUCUCGACAUCUUCAUCGACCGGUCAUCUCUCGAGAUCUUUGCAGGGGAUGGAACCGUAAUGACGGCCACGAUCUGGCCUAGAUACCAGGAAUCCACGAAUAUCAAGCUGACCGGACAUUCCGGACAAGUUUCGCUUGAGUCCAUCCAGCUGACUCCAUUGUCAUCGAGCUGGUGCUAA